AUGAAAACUCCUCAUCGUUGCUGUGUGCGACAGAAGGCUGGUGGGGUGUAUAUACACCUCGUAUUGGAGGCAGGUUUGGUGCGGCAGCUACGUGGGAUUCGUACUAGGGCAAAAAAUGCUGAUAUUCAAAUGAACGUUGGUGGUAUUUUGGCCUGCAGUAUCUCGCGCACCCAACUGUGGCCAACAUCCUCCCACAAAACCUCUCCUUUCUUCGGUCAGCCUUUCGUCGUUGGAAUACACUGUGUUGGCGGACGUCUGAGCGAACGGUGUAUCCGGAGUUUAAAACAUUCGACCCGCCAUCUUGUAUGCAUUAUUUGCGACAGUCCCGCUAGGGCAUUUCUGAAGCAAGCGAAGAGACAUACAGGAUAUCACGGAUGUGAUUAUUGCACACAGAACGGUAUGCAAGUUGGCACACGAAUGACUUUUCCUUCGUUAACAGCCUCAGUACCUUGUGACUCUGAUCUCCGGACCCGAAAGCAAAACAAGCGCCGUACAGGCCCCAGUUUAAUCACAUGCGGUGUGUGUCUUGGUUUAGUGCGAAAAGUCCUCACCUCACUUCUAGGGAUGGAAAUUGGACAAAAGGCCAGGCUUUCGUUGGAGUUCUGGAACCUACUGAAUGAUACUAUCGAGCAGCGGAGUGUGAUUCCGAGUUCAGAUUUUGCCCGAAAAUGCCGGGGUGUAGGAGACCUGAAUCGGUGGAAGGCUUCUGAGCUACAACAGUUUCUUUUGCACAUAGAACCUGUUGUUCUAAAAGGUAUCUUACAUCCUGAUGUUUACAAACGCCGCAUGUAUUUUGCUGUUGCUGGUUCAAAUUUUAUUGCUAUUCUUGGGCCGAACCAUCUAGUCUACAAAUUACACGAGUCCUCCCCUUUGUUUAGUUUCGUCAAGUCCUACGGUCGCCUGGAUCGUUUUUCCUGCCUUCCCUAUGAAACGGAGCUGGCGCACAUAAACCAUUCACAUAUGGGCCAGAACCGUCGGCUGUUCAGCUGUACCGCCGACUGGCCGAGCGCGUGA